AUGCCACCUAAACAAGACAGUAAUAAUAAAGUGAAGAAGAGAGUAAGAAAGUCAAUUACAAUGGAGGUUAAAUCUAAGAUUUUAAAACUCAAAGAUCGCGGUUAUUCGACUUCAUCUAUUGGACGAGAACUUAAUUUAUCACGCACGACGGUACAAACAAUAUUGAAAGAUAAAGAAAAACUCUUAACAGCUCUUCCUUCCGUCUCUUCAAACAGCACUAUUAUACGCAAAAGGAAUGCUUUAAUUUAUGAAAUGGAAAAACUGUUGUACAAUUGGAUUCAAGAUCAAACUCAGCGACGGGUUCCUCUAAGUUUGGCUAUUAUACAAAAUAAGGCGCUGAGUAUCAUCAACACACUGCAAAAUAAACGUGGCGAGAAUAAUAGUGACGAAACAAAAUGUUUUUCUGCCAGUCGCGGAUGGUUCAUGCGCUUUAAAACGAGAUAUUCGUUGCAUAACAUUCGAGUGCAAGGAGAAGCUGCUAGUGCCGAUCAUGUGGCUGCUCAGAGUUUUCCUGGAAUAUUAAAGGAAAUUAUCGAAAGUGGAGACUAUUCGCCUAAACAAAUUUUUAACGUGGACGAAACUGGUUUGUUUUGGAAAAAAAUGCCCUCUCGUACUUUUAUAUCACAGGAAGAAAAGUCUAUGCCUGGAUUUAAAGCGGCUAAAGAUCGUUUGACGUUGUUAUUGGGUUCGAAUGUUGAAGGUGAUCUUAAAUUGAAACCCCUUUUAGUUUAUAGGUCUGAAAAUCCUCGAGCUCUCAAAAAUUACGUCAAGAGUACUCUUCCAGUUAUAUGGAAGGCUAAUCCAAAGGCAUGGGUUACAUCAAUACUUUUUGAAGAAUGGUUUACUAAGCAUUUUAUACCUGAAGUGAAACAGUACUGUUCAAACAAUAAUUUGACUUAUAAAGCUUUACUUAUUUUGGACAAUGCUCCCGGCCAUCCUGUGCGUAUUGCCGAUAUUGAUCCUCAAAUCAAAGUCGUGUUCCUGCCUCCCAACACCACUUCGUUGUUACAGCCGAUGGAUCAAGGAGUUAUCGCGUCUUUUAAGGCCUAUUAUCUCAGGAGAACUUUUUCACAGGCUGUAAAGGCUAAUGAAAAUGAUGGCAUGGAGCUGAGAGAUUUUUGGAAAAGUUAUAAUAUCCUGCAAUGCGUAAAAAAUAUUGCUACUUCAUGGGAUGAGGUGACACCCAACAAUUUAAAAGGAGUGUGGAAAAAGUUAUGCCCAUUUUUUUUUGAGCCAUCUGAAAGUUCUACAUCUACAGAUCAACCAAAUGUCGAUGAGAUCACAACUGACAUUGUUCAUUUGGCUAACCGUUUGCCUGACAUUGCAGUUACUACUGAUGAUAUUGAUGAUCUGUUAAGCUCACAUUCGCAAGAACUGACUGAUGAAGAUCUUAUUGAAUUGGAGGCACAAGUACAAAAGGAAGCACUCGAGUCACAAGAAAUAGCUUCUUCUAUUAGUGACUCUGAAAAAGAACUUACACUAAAAAAACUUUCCGUAGCCUUUGCAAAUUUGAAGAAUGCCAUGAAAAUUUUUGAAGAAAAUGAUCCUAAUUUUGAGAGAAGUUUUAACGUUAAUAACAAAAUUUGUGCAACCUAUCACUGUUACCAAGAUCUGUAUGAUAGCAAGAAGAAAGAAGCCAAGCAAUCUAGAAUUGAUAGUUUCUUUAAGCCAAAAGUUUAA